AUGUCAUUCUGUUAAGAACCCAAAGUUGACUGUCAAUACCUGAAAUCUAUUUUAAAAAACCUUGAUAACAGAUUAAAUACAUUAGAGAAUUCUAGUCAGAAUUGUCAAUAGCAAUAUCAUCAAGUUUUGGAUAAAUUUAAUUAGGAAUUAGUCAUCCCUAAACUCAAACUAAAUAAAAUACAAAUUGGAUUUAGCGAAAACAAUAAUGUCCCUUAAAAGAAAGUCUUGGUGACUUUCGGAAACAAAGAGAAUUUCAGAACCGACAAUUGUGACCAUGUAGGAGACAAAAUAGAUUAGACUACUCUUACUAUUAACUAAGUCUCUCUUCAAGAUAAAACUAUAGCAUCUUAAAAUUAGAUGGGAUAAUAAUUGCAAUAGCCAUAAUAACAAGAUUACAAAUCUAACAAUAUUAAUAAAUAAACUAAACUCAAAUUAGUCAAACAGGAUUCCAAUCUGAUCCAACCCAUAUUCUCAAAGAAGACCUCUGAUUAAUAAUCAAUAGGGACUAAAUUUUACACUCGAAAUAAUUCUAUACAAUCGACUCCUGUUAGAUAGAUUGGUUAUCAUUCUUCAUUGGGAACUUCACCAUUAAGAAGAAAGAAUUCUUAAAAAAAUAGUGACUUAUUUAUCAAUUCAUUGUAAAUUGAUGAUAUGAUGCAAGGUCAAAGCAAGUUUCUCAAAUAUUUUCAAUAAAAUUAUGGAUCACUAAAAUAAUCCAAGAAUUAUGAUAAUACAGCGAACAAGACUAGAACUUCUUUCAAAUCUCAAAAUGCGAGAGCCUUGGCUGAUGCCUAGAUUAUACAAAUAUGA